AUGGCUAAAACCAAACAUGUUCUGUUUCCUAAACUAUCUCUCAUUCUUCUUAAUCUUCUCAUUAUAGCCGCCUCCACCGCAACCGUAGCCGCCACCGAUUUGGACUCUCCGUCGUCCAAAACCUGGCGUCCCUGGCCCUUCAAGAAGCUCAACAAACCGGUGGUUUUAAUGAUUUCUUCCGACGGUUUCCGGUUCGGUUACCAGUUUAAAACCGACACACCGAACAUCGACCUUCUCAUUUCCGGAGGAACCGAAGCUAAAUCCGGUUUAAUCCCUGUUUUCCCCACCAUGACAUUCCCAAACCACUACGCGAUCGCAACCGGACUCUACCCGGCUUACCAUGGUAUAGUCAUGAACAAGUUUACUGAUCCGAUAACCGGGGAGGUGUUCAACAAAGGCCUAGACCCGAAAUGGUGGUUAGGGGAGCCGUUGUGGGUAACCGCAGCAAACCAAGGUCGCAAGGCUCUGACUUACUUUUGGCCAGGCUCAGAAGUUCCCAAAGAUUCUUGGACUUGCCCUAAAGGAUUGUGUCCACAUUUCAAUCUUUCCGUUUCUUUCGAAGAAAGGGUCGAUACGAUAUUGAGCUAUUUCGAUUUAUCCGAGGACGAAAUCCCUGAUUUGAUGAUGUUGUAUCUCGAUGAGCCCGACGCAGCCGGCCAUAACUAUGGCCCCGACGAUCCUAGGGUUACGAAAGCGGUUGCAAGGAUCGAUAAAAUGAUCGGUAGGGUCAUUGAGGGGCUGAAGAAGAGGGAGAUCUUCGAUGAGGUCCAUGUGAUAUUGCUUGGUGACCACGGAAUGGUGACUAAUUGUGAUAAGAAAACAAUUUACAUUGAUGACUUAGCAGAUUGGAUCAAGAUACCCGCGGAUUGGAUCAACGCUUAUAGCCCGGUGCUAGCAAUGAAUCCACGGUGGGGCAAAGAUGUCGAGAAUCCAGGCGAGAAGAACGCAGAACUCGUGGCCAAGAUGAACGAGGCUUUGGGCUCAGGGAAAGUAGAGAACGGAGAGUUUUUACAGGUUUACUUGAAGGAGAAGUUACCGAAACGGCUGCAUUAUUCGGAGAGUUCUCGGAUUCCGCCGAUCGUAGGAAUGGUCGGAGAAGGUCUUAUAGUUAGACAGAACAGAACAAACGCUCAUGAAUGUUAUGGAGAUCAUGGAUACGAUAACCAAUACUUCUCCAUGAGAUCUAUCUUUAUAGGACAUGGUCCUAGGUUUAGGAGAGGAAAGAAAGUGCCGUCGUUCGAGAAUGUUCAGAUCUACAAUGUUGUCGCAGAGAUUCUCGGACUCCGUCCAGCUUCGAACAAUGGUUCUUCUUUGUUCACUAGGAACAUUCUCUCGUCCUUUGGAGAAACAUGGGAAGUAGAAUGA